AUGGCGGACAGCAGAGGGAUGCCAACCGCCGACGGCUACGACCCUUCGGGACUCACCAACCAAUUCGAACAGUUGAUGCGCUCAAAGAGGUUCAAUCGCCUUCAGGAACAGUCCCGAUCUCGUGCCGGUACACAAUCGCCUUCGCCGGCACCCUACAUGGCUUCUCCUUCGAUUCCUCCACACCCCUCGCGGGCACCACCACCACCUCCCCCGACCGGUGUCCAUCACCCAUCUCAGCCAUCGCAACCACAAUUUCCAUCUCAAUCGCCAUCGUUAAGAAACCUUCCUAUUAUGCCAUCGCCUCCUCAGGACCCUGCCUCGCUCAAAUUCCGAAAUCUCCUCCACGUUCUCUCCGUGACGCCGACCAAGUACGAAAACCCGGGUCUCCUCGACGAAGCCCUGGCUCUCAUUCCGCUCGACAGAUUAUAUUCAGAGGCAGAAGAGGAAAGCCAAAUAAUUCAGGCCCAAGCGGCCAGUGUUGGGGGAAAGCCUGAGUGGGGUUACCAAGAUUGUGUCAUCAGAGCUCUUCUAAGAUGGUUCAAACGAUCAUUCUUCCACUUUGUCAACAAUCCCUCCUGUCCCCGGUGCUUCUCGCCCACAAUUGCUUGCGGCAUGACACCGCCUACACCGGACGAGACCGCCCGUGGUGCGACUCGAGUCGAACUGUACAAGUGCUCUGCCUGCGGCGGUAAUGAACGGUUUCCCCGAUACUCCGACGUUUGGCAACUACUACAGAGUCGCCGGGGCCGUGUUGGAGAAUGGGCAAACUGUUUCAGCAUGUUCUGCCGGGCGAUUGGUGGUCGUGUUCGAUGGGUGUGGAACUCGGAGGACUACGUCUGGACAGAGGUUUACUCGGAGCAUCAGCGACGAUGGAUCCACGUCGAUGCGUGCGAGGAAGCUUGGGAUCAACCGCGACUUUAUUCUGAAGGAUGGGGUCGAAAGAUGUCCUACUGCAUUGCAUUCUCUAUAGAAGGCGCGACCGAUGUCACCCGACGAUAUGUACGAAACCCAGCCAAACAUGGUGCUCCCCGGAACCGUGCACCCGAAGAAGUUCUACUGUGGGUGAUCCAGGAAAUCCGGAAGAAGCGUCGCGAGAACCUGGGCAAGACAGACUCGAAGCGCCUGCUCAAGGAGGAGGAGCGGGAGGAGAGGGAGCUCCGUGCGUACACUGCAUCUGCUCUUGCCGCCGAAAUCAACGGCCUUCUUCCUCGAGCCCACUCGGGCAGAUCUGAUGAGAUCAAGACACCUCAUCAGGAUUCCGCUAUGGAUUGGGUCGCUACAAGACAACAAGGAUCUGGACACUCUGGCCCAGAUCACUCCCAGGAUGGUCGGUAA